AUGAUUUCUCUUUUCCGAAAAUGCAUCCUGCUGUGGCUCGCUACUGUCUUCGUGGCUACUGCAGCACAGCAGACUGCUCUGUCAGAGCUUCCGGAAUGCGCUCAAAUCUGCCUUCUAAGAGCUUUCGGCACAGACACUUGCGCGCCAACAGAUCAAGCCUGUAUCUGCACCAACGAAGUCUUCCAGAACAAUGUAACAUUGUGUGUAAGCAGCAGCUGCACCAUUCCUGAAGCUCUAGUCACACGAAAUGUCAGUCUUACCAACUGCGGUGCACCGGUGCGACAUCGUGGAGAACACUACGUGACGUUGUCAAACGCAAUGGUAUGCAUCGCCGCUGCCUUCGUUGUGAUCCGUUUCGCCUUCAAGGCCACCGUGUCGAGACUCGACUUUGGUUACGAUGACUUUUGCGUCCUGGCGACGCUUAUAGCCGCCAUACCCAGCGCCAUCAUCACUGUUUUCGGUACUGUAAAGAAUGGACUUGGUCAAGACCUUUGGGCCUUGACUCCAACGGAGAUCACCCAGAUGCUGCAAUACUUUUACAUUAUGGCGUGGCUGUAUUUUCUCCAGCUCACGCUGCUGAAGCUCACUCUGUUGUUCUUCUACAUCCGCGUGUUUCCUAGUAAAGAAGUCCAGCGACUGUUAUGGGGUACUGUCAUCUUCACUGUACUCUGGGGCUUGGCCUUUAUCAUUGUUGCGGUAUUCCAGUGUCGGCCGAUUCACUACUUCUGGACGAAAUGGGACGGUAUGCAUGAGGGCACUUGUCUGGAGAUCAACGCCAUCACCGCAUCAAACGCUGCCAUCUCGAUUGCUCUGGACUUCUGGAUUUUGGGUAUACCUCUCUGGCAGCUUUGGGGGCUGAAGCUACACUGGAAAAAGAAGGUCGGUGUAGCACUUAUGUUUUGCGUCGGCACUUUCGUUACCGUCGUCAGUAUUCUGCGUCUGCAGGCUCUGGUGCACUUCGCCGCUUCCUCGAACGUAAGCUGGGAGUUCUACGACGUUUCAGUGUGGAGCACGAUCGAAAUAUGCGUUGGUAUCAUGUGCGCUUGCCUUCCAACACUCCGCCUUCUCCUGGUUAAACUCUUCCCUAUCCUUGGCGGCUCCUCAGUACGCAGUCGUCAACAGUACUACAACUACGGUAGUGGCAACGAACUCAAGAACGUUAGCCAGAAACACAAGUCAUACAACAUGAACACUAGCGCUGCUAUAUCGAGUCCUCGGACCGAGUCUUUCGACGAUAAGAUAGAAGACGGCAUUAGGGUUAAGACCUCCUACAUGGUAAAGCAUAGUCAUAGCGACACAGAUGAAGCGAGCCUAGUAAGCCAUGAGGGACCACAGAGGCAGUAG